AUGGUCGCCGCCGUUGCUGCAGCCGGUGCUGGGGAGCCUCGGUCCCCAGACGAACUGCUCCCGAAAGCCGAGGCGGAGAAGACUGAGGAGGAGCUGGAAGAGGACGACGACGGCGAUGAUGAGCUAGAUGAGACCCUGUUUGAGAGACUCUGGGGUCUGAUGGACAUGUUUCCGCAGAGGGUCCGGUCUGCCGCCGGAGUCUUUAAUCUCUCGCUCUUCGUGGCUCAGAAGAUGUACAGAUUUUCCAGGGCAGAUUUGCGGGUUGGGACCACUUCCUUUAUGAUCCUGGUUCUUCCUGUUGUCUUUGCGACAGAGACGUUGCAAAUGGAGCAACAGCAGCAGAUACUUUGGGGGCCUAACACGGGGCUCUCAGGAGGAAUGCCAGGGGCUCGACCUCCACUUCCCGGAAAGAUCUAA